GCACCUGCUAUACCAAAUAUGAUGGCUCUUGAAAAUGCAAAUGCUGAAGAUUUUGAUGAUGCUGUCAAAGUCGAAAUCAUGAAAGGUAAAAUGGCAGGAAAAUAUGCACCAGUACCACCUCAAAAUGAUUUUGUAAAUCCAGCAGUUAAUAUUGAUAGUCCAGAUACUUUAAGAGCAUGGUUAAAUACAAAAUAUCAACGAGAAAUAGUUGAAACUAACCAAUCAGCUAUUUUAAGAUUAUCUCAAGAAAGAUUCUAA